GACACCAUCUGAUGUUGCUCGUAAGAAACAGAGCAUGCAAGUCCCGUGUUGCCAGUGAUGGCUGUGAGAUGGAUCUCUCAUCAGCUAAGGAUCCUAAGCAAUGACACAACCAUUGUCUUCUUCCUAGGCUGUAUAUGUAACAAUAUAAAUAUGAGCUUUCACCCGUUUUAGUGAAGCUGUUGACUCCAUCUAAUGUUGCUCGUAAGAAACAGAGCAUGCAUUGAUAUCGUGCUUCUGUGAGAGCAUGAUAGAUAUAUAAACAGAGCAUCAACAUUGUGCUUCUGUAAGAAACAAAGCAAGCAUAGAUAUCAUCUUCUAAGGAUUAUCAUCAUAAGCAUAUAUCUAGUUAUCAGGCUUCCACGAAUCGCAAGAUUUUUACAGUGCUCUCUCUUCUGUCAACGUCUUCGUGUUCACGUGAGAUUCAACUCAGUCUCAUGUUCAAGUGACAACCAAUACAAUUGAAAAAAUCUAUAUUAUUUUUUCAAUUAUCAACUUCGCUUGUUGACAAUAGACAAAGAACGUCGAAAUCGUUAUGAACAAAAAAAUUAAACAACAACGUGCUUGUAAUAAACAAAAUAGGAAACAUUUUUUUUUCCUAAACGAUUUUUUGUGAGGAGUUCUAUUGGAGCGACACGUCAGCACGCUAAGUUUCAAAGUGAUGUGAGACUGACACGUGGCAAAUAUAGUGUGAACGCAUUUACUGAGAAUGCUUCUCUUUUAAUAUAUAAGGGAUGGGAAUCGCAGAAGAAAGCAGCAAGCCAAUGUGGGGUAGCGUGAGCCACACGUCUCCAGGUCCAGGCCACUCUCUCAACGGCAAAAUCAUGCUCUCCUCCGUAAUCAUCCUCUUCGCCGCCGUGCUCAUGAUGCUCUGCUUCCACAGCUACGCCCGAUGGUUAUUCCGUCGUCAAAACCGUCGCAUUCGCCGCCGUAUUCGUGCUCACCUCCGCGCUCUCUCCGCCUCCACCAUCUCCUCGACCUCCCUUUCCCCUCUCGACACGGCGGUUCUCGAGAAGAUUCGUAUCUUCGUUUACUCCUCCGAGACUCAUCAUCAAACGCCACUGGAGGAGUGCUCCGUUUGCUUGUCGGAGUUCGAAGAAGAGGACCAAGGCCGUAUCCUCCCUAAAUGUGGCCACGCUUUUCACGCUGACUGCAUCGAUACUGGGUUCCGUUCCAGAUCCACUUGCCCUCUUUGCAGAGCUCCGGUUCAACCCGAAAGUCCCUCGACCCGACCCGAAUCAGCAGAACAAGCCGCUUCGGUUAAACAACAGGUGGAGGACAUAGAAACAGGAAGUUCUUCUUCCUCCUCCUCCUCUUCUUCGUCUUCGCCGUUGAGAUUUCCGAUGGAGGCGUGUGAGAGAGAACCAAUAGAUUUAGUCGGUGUCAUGGUGGAGACUCCCCACAUAAUUUGA